AUGUCAUUAGAUGGUGCACAUGAAGUCACCGUGACUACCACUAGUACUAGUGUUACAUGUGGUGUCACACCCAGUAAUUGGAAACCAGUGACUGUGCAGUCCAGUUUUGCACCCUUCAGUUCUGUGCAGGGACACAGUCACAGGGCACAGAAGUCAGCAGCAGCUACCACAGUGCCAGCACCCGCUGCAGCAGUAUUGUCUGGUCCAGAGCAGCUGCAGAUUUACAACAGCAUGCUGUCCAGACAGCAUUUGAGACCACUAGAGCUGCCGAGAUUCAGUGGCAAGACAAACGAUUACAGCCGGUGGAAGCAGCGCUUUAAGCAACUCAUCGACGACGAUGCAUUCUUGUCAGAGGGGCACAAGUUCGCACGUCUGCGAGAAGCGCUGACAGGUGGUGACGCCUAUGAGUUGAUUGCCGAAAUUGUGGAUGGUCCUGGUGCCUACAAUGCCGCACUGCAUGAGCUAGAUGCAUGGUAUGGCGGGCCAACACGGGACAUCGACCGGUAUGAAAAAGAAUUGAUGUCAGCGCCGCGACUCGUCAAUGAGCGAGACCUCGACGGGUUGAAGAGUUUUGCCGUAAAGCUGAGGAAUGCACUCAUCAAUCUCAGCGCCAGCGGCAUCACACCAGGGCGAGAGUUGUACCUAAGUGUCACGCAGAAGGUACCCAAGUCCGUGUUGACACGCUUUAUGGAAAAGCACGACGACUCGCAGUGCGACAUUGGUGCCUUCUCAGAGUACCUGCUCAAGAGAGUCCAGCGUCUGCGCCAGGUCGAAGAACGAAUGAGUGGCGCCGAGCUGGCUGAGCAGCGACCAAGUAGUGGUGGAGCCAAGUUUGGCAAGCGGCCCGACCGUACGUUUGUAGCAACUACUAGUGGCCAGAGCCCAGACAGCAGCAACGAUUGCAUAUACUGCAACAAAGACCAUGCACUCAGCUAUUGCCGAGAAUUCAAGCAGUUGACAAUCCCUCAGAGAUGGGACUUCAUCAAACCAAAGCCCGUCUGCAUCUGCUGCUUUGGCCCAGGCCACAAGGCAAAGUCAUGCAAGCAGUCCAAGUGCGGCAUCUGUAGUAGGCCACAUCAUCGCCUGCUACACUACACGAAGUUGAACCAACGGACAGCCGGAGCCAAUAGUCAACACAGCAAGGACCACUCAGCUACUUGCCAGGAUACAAGCACGGAGGCAUCAGCAGCUGACAAGACAGCACACACCCAGACUGCAUGUGGCACUACCAUCGAGCCCAAGUCUGUCGCGUUCAUGACUGUUGCCACCACCGCAAAGGGUCCGACAGGGUCAAGGAAAGCUAACGUCUUCCUGGAUUCAGGAUCUUCUUGCAGCUUUAUAACCACAGAACUCGUCAGCCAGCUCGGGCUACAGACAACGAAAGCUAACGUCCCGCUGGAUACCGCUGUUCUGGGGGGAGAGAAGCUCCGUCUGGAGCAUUAUACAUCAGCUGAACUAUGUCACGCUGAUGGCCAGUCGUCAACGACCGUCAGAGUGUGGAUGCUUCCGCGCAUCAUGCGUCCCGUCCCAGCCUUCGACUGGACAGAGGAACUGAAACGCUGGCCGCAUCUCAGUGACGUCGUACCUGCAAGCAACGAGUCCAGAGUGGAUCUGUUGAUUGGUCUCAAUGCGCCGCAGCUGCACAUUUCACUUGCCGAACGAUUCUGCAGUGAGGGAGGUCCAAUUGCCAGGAAGACACCGUUGGGCUGGGUACUGUUCGGCGAAGGUCCGACUGACAGCGCAUCAGAGAUGACGGAACAAUCACUACUGGCUGUAAGUGACAGUACACUGAUAAACACCGUCAACAAGUUCUGGGACCUCGAGAGCGUUGGCAUGCAGGCCAAGAGCACAUCAUCCUACCUGACUCCGGAUGACCGUGAGGCUGACGCAAUGACCGUGCAAAGUCUCCACCACAACGGCACACGGUUCGUUGUCGGCAUCCCAUGGCGAGGCGACGGUAGCAAGCCAAAGAUUCAGCAGAGAUCGGAACAGUACGCCAGGAAGCGGCUCUGCUCGCUACACCGUCUGUUCCAGAAAAAUCCUACUGUACAGCUGCGCUACUCAGAAGUGCUUCAGAACUACCUGAAGAAGGGCUACAUUCACACAGUAUCAACGUCCGCAGUUCAGGCUGCCGGUGUCGACCAGUGGAUUCUGCCUCAUUUCCCAGUAAUCAGAGAAGACAAGGCCACAACAAAAGUUCGCGUGGUGUUUGAUGGCUCAGCCAAGGUGCACGGAGAGUGCAUCAACGAUCUCAUGCACACCGGUCCGAAGUUGCAGAGUGACUUGGUAAAAGUUUUACUCCGCUUCUGUCAUCAGCCGAUCGCACUCGCCGCAGAUAUCUCUGAGAUGUUCUUACAAGUCGAGCUGGGCGAGACGGAUCGCAAGUACCAUCGGUUCAUGUGGAGUGAGUCACCACAGGAUCCAGUGGUGUUCUUUGAGUUCUGCCGGGUUGUAUUCGGCAUGCGUGCAUCACCUUACCUCGCAGGAAGAGCACUGAAAGCAACGGCAGAGAAAUUCAGCAGCGAGGCUGGCGCCGAGGUAGCAAAGGCCAUUGAUGACAACUUCUACGUGGACGACUUGCUGAUGUCGCUACCGUCAGUACAAUCUGCAAUCGUCACUCGGAGUGACCUUCAACAAGUUACACAGCGUGGUGGUUUUCACUUGCGGAAGUGGAUGAGCAAUACGGAAGCGGUGUUGGAUUCCAUCCCACCGGAAGAUCGAGCCAGCAACAAGAUGAUGACCAUAGCCAGCAGUGAACUGCCACCUCUUCCUCACAAGGCUCUUGGAGUCGCCUGGGAGCCAGAUGAUGACCAGUUCACAUUCAUCUAUCCAGAACAGAGCAACGUCCAGUUCACACGGCGAGGAGUGCUCAGUCAAAUGUGCCGACUGUUUGAUCCCAGAGGACAGCUGUGUCCAUUCACCAUCCGCAGUCGCAUUCUCUUCCAAGCCACCUGCAUCCGUGGAACAGACUGGGAUGAUCCUCUGGACAGUGAUCAAGCAUCAGAGUGGAAGCAAUGGUUCUCAGAGUUCCCAAGUCUGAGAGAUGUGAAGGCAAGCCGAUGCUUCACCGAGAUCAGUUCAGAUCAGCCUCUGACACUCCACACGUUCACAGACGCGUCUGCAUCAGCUUACGCCGCCGUGACGUACGCCCGACAAGAGCGUGAUGACGGGACUGCAAAGGUGACAUUAGCGCUCGCCAAGGCAAGACCAACACCUAUCAAGCGCAAGACCAUCCCCAUGCUGGAACUGCAAGGUGCAGUGCUAGGCACUCGGUUGAGCUGCUCAGUGGGUGAGGCACUUGAUGUUCCUGUAUCACGGCAGUACUUCUACACUGACUCGAUGAAUGUGUUGUACUGGGUAAGAUCGCCCAGCAGGAAAUUCAAGAUCGAAGUCGGAAACCGCAUCUCGGAGAUCCAAGAGUUCAGUAAUGCAAGUCAAUGGUGUCACGUCAGCACCACAGUCAACCCUGCUGAUAUGCCAAGUCGAGGUGUUGGUGCGACACAGCUGGCCGAUGAUGCAACAUGGUGGACAGGUCCAACCUUCUUGUCCAAGCCCACCUCCACAUGGCCCAGUAAGCACAUUGUGCCGCCAGCAGAGCUUCCAGGUCAAUUGAAACGAGCACACCGCAAGGUCACACUGGCCGCUUGGGCGUGUGACAGAGGUCUAUCCCGGCAAGGAUGGUAUUGUUCAAGUAGUGAAGGUCAAGGUGGCUGA